UUUAUGUUUUAUUUUAUUGUUUCCCUUCUACGUGACUUUCCCGAAAGAACCAAGAAUAUGAAUCCCUGCAGUCACGAAAGCUUUAAAUCACAAAACACUGGUUAACCUGUGUGAUAUUUUAAUACAAGUCAAAAGUAAUUGGCAGCACUGAACUCGAGCAUUUAGCCAACAAGAGUGGCAAGCAAAAUAUGUUGCAUAUUAGGGGAGUAAGGAUGCACCAUUUGAUCAAUUAAUAUUGAUUGUUAUGCUAAUACAUGCAUCCGAUUGUGUGGAAGAAUUGUUGUUUUUCAAUUACUUGAGUGGUUUUCAUGUGUCGUGGGUUCAUGUGACCCAUCUAGCCAACUAUAGGCCCACCACAUUCACCACAUUGUAAAAAAUAAUAAUUCAUUAUUAAAAAUAAUAAUUGAUUAUAUUAUUAAAUCAAUGUUCCACCCUGAAUGGCAACGGUUCAUUUAAUCGUGAAGGGAGCGACUCGUUACACACCACAGAGUUAACACGCUCGUGUGUAAUAUCUCUCCCAUUUUUCGACCCAAGACAGUGAAAUGCAAAACGAUUUUUAAUUACCAUACUGCUUAUCCCACACGACGUGUAAUGAAUGGAACGCUAGUUGUCAGCUACACAUCCCCGCUAUUAGCACAAUCCAGUUUUGAGCAUCAUCAUUUUUCAUUUACAUGAAAAUAUGCAUAAUUUACAUAUUGAUUUUCAUUUAAGCAGUGAUUUACUUUUUAUUGACUUUGUCAAAUAGUAAAAAAAAAACAACAAGCCUUCAUCAUUAUUAAGCAUAUCCAAACUGUUUUUUGUCAACAAAUUAUUUGUCAUCAAAGCACAUAGGAUUAGUUUGGCUGAUUCUUAAAACUGUAUUCAAGGCCAUACACUAUUACAAACUGGUGGUUUUAUGGAUCGCCUGAAGGACCCCCUUACUUACUGAAGUACCCACUGUAAACCAGACCAUUUAUGCUUUUUUUUUAACAAUGUAUUUAAUUUUCUUUAAUUGUAUUUUUGAGACCAUCAGCUUGUGGUGGAUUACAGAGACCAAUACGUCUCUUCAAUCAGCAUUGAUCAACAAGUGCACAGAUAUAUUUUUUAAACUCUCACAGUGCACACUCGUCGACACUUUAACAGAAUAUUGUUUGCAACAAUAAAACGUACAAUUGUGACUUUUAAAAUGAAUAUUUAAUCCCGCUUGUUAAUGAUACCAAUGACCAAUAUUGUCAUUUACUUUUUACUUUAGUUAAAAACAAGACAGCUUUACUGACUUUUUCAGAAUCGAUGCUAAGAGUUGUCUCAAGACCCGAUACCGUUAGUCUUCACUAUAGGCAUUACCAAUGGUGUUAAAAGUGCGUACAUUUACUUGCACCUGUACUUGCUUUGAGGAAAUGCUGUGAGUCUUGUGUUGCUACCAGUUUGGGGUGGGUUUUACAUUCUUGACACAAUUCAUUGCUCAUCAUAGCUGCCAACAUGGCUUCAGAUUCACAAUGGAGGUGCUCACCGAGUCAUGGAAAGAGAGGCCCUAACUUUUCUGUGAGAACAAUCUGGUAUGCAUACGUACAUUCUAAGCUACAAAUCACAUUCGUGCACUUCCAAUUUGAGCUGUUUGUUCGGCCGUGGAAUAUAAUAGCCACUGUUUUAAUGCACCUGUGCAUACCAGAAUGGGCUCAUUCACUGUAACAUCCAGACUGGGUCACACCUCCUGCUGAAAAAGAGCCAUGUUGACAGGUGGAUGAAGAGGCCUCGCUGCGGCGUUCCCGAUCGGAUCGACCAGGGCCUGCAGGCCGGCCUGCGGCGCAAGCGCUACGCCCUCACUGGGCAACGGUGGCAGCAGAAGCACAUCACCUACAGCGUGCAGAACUACACGCCCAAGGUGGGCGAGGCGGACACGCGGCGGGCGCUGCGGCGCGCCUUCGACGUGUGGCAGCAAGUGACGCCGCUCGUCUUCGAGGAGGUCUCCAACCACGAGAUCCGCAGCAGCCGGCGCGAGGCCGACAUCAUGAUCUUCUUCGCCUCGGGCAACCACGGCGACAGCUCGCCCUUUGACGGCGAGGGCGGCUUCCUGGCGCACGCCUACUUCCCCGGCCCGGGCAUCGGCGGGGACACGCACUUCGACGCCGACGAGCCCUGGACGCUGGGCAACGGGAACGCUGGAGGUAACGACCUGUUCCUCGUCGCCAUCCACGAACUGGGACACGCGCUGGGCCUGGAGCACUCCAACGACCCCGCAGCCAUCAUGGCGCCAUUUUACCAGUACAUGGACACAGAAAACUUCGUCCUGCCCCGCGAUGACCUGCAGGGAAUCCAGCAGAUAUACGGCCCAGCUGAGCAGGACAAGGUCCCCUCGCGACCCCUUCCGACCCCACCUCCUCCCCGGCGGCCCGAGACCCCGCGCCGCGUCGACAAGGUGCCAAAGCCUCCACGCAGCCCCGACCUCGGCGUGGAUCGACCGCCACCGCCGCCCGGCACCACCCCCGACAUCUGCGAGGGGAGGUUCGACACCGUGGCGAUUCUCCGUGGCGAGAUGUUUGUCUUCAAGGACCGCUGGUUUUGGCGCGUACGCAACAACCGCGUGCUGGACGGCUACCCCAUGAACAUCGGACAUUUCUGGCGAGGACUGCCGACCAACAUUGACGCCGCCUAUGAGCGGCCUGAUGGGAAAUUUGUCUUCUUCAAAGGUGACCAGUACUGGGUGUUCAAGGAGGCAAUGGCCGAACCCGGAUAUCCCCGCAGCCUGGCUCAGUUUGGGAAUGGCCUGCCCCACGACCGCAUAGAUGCCGCACUCUGGUGGGAGCCCAUGAGAAAGACCUUCUUCUUCCAAGGAGAUAGGUACUGGCGGUUCAAUGAGGAUAACCACGCCACAGACCCUGGGUAUCCGCGGUCAGUCACAGUGUGGAAGGGCAUUCCGGACGGACCAAAGGGAGCUUUCAUGGGUCGAGAGGGCGCCUACACCUACUUCUACAAGGGCAAGGACUACUGGAAGUUUGACAACGAGCGGCUCUCGGUGGAGUCCGGUUACCCUCGCUCCAUCCUCAAUGACUGGAUGGGUUGCGGCGGCGGCGGCGGCAGCGGCGGUACCGGAGGCCCAGGAGGCCCCGGUGGCCCCAGUGGCCCCGGUGGCCCUGGCGGCGGCGUUUCCGACGACAGCGACGGGCGGCGGAGACACCGCCCUCACGGCGACGACGUGGACAUCGUGGCUCGCACGGCGGCCGCCAGCGGCGUCAACGCCAUCGCCGUGGUCAUCCCCUGCAUCCUGGCGCUGUGCAUGCUGGUGCUGGCCUACACUGUGCUGCAGUUCAAGCGCAAGGGCACGCCGCGGCACAUACUGUACUGCAAGCGCUCCAUGCAAGAGUGGGUCUGACUGGCGGGGGGGCCCCGCUCACCUGCCAACUCCCCCCCCCCCCCCCCCACUGCCUCCCACCACACCCCGUCACAGCAGCAGCAGCAGUCGCACGGCCAAAAUAUCCCGUCAAAGAGCCCUGGCGAGGAACGAGCAAUUUCCUAGAACUAACAAUGAAAUGAAAUUUUUAACAUUGAUUUGAAAAGGAGUAAAUAAAAAAGCGCAGCAGGAGGAGGGAGGAGGAAAACAAGAAAAAAAGGCCCACUUGAGGGUUUCCUGAACUAUGACAAGGCCUUGAGACGAGUGCCUGCGGUCUUUAUGCAGACCUGGUCGCCGGAAUCUCUUGUUUGUGUCUAGACAGGGUUUUAUGAGAGGUACUUGAGAGAUGAACAAUCCAAGGCCAUUUGAGCGACCCUACCACGCGCACGACAAGGUUUUUGGCCACGCUUGGGUUUUAGACAAACCGGACAGCGGAAUAUUCCAAAAUGGUUGCUGGCGAGUGGACGAGCCGGCCGUACCUAAUCGUUUCGCCAACCGUUUUCACGACGCUUCGGCGGAGACGUGCCACUCUGUGAACUUCAGCUGAAAUAAUGACUCUGGGCCAAAAAAAAGCCUUAAGAUGAUUUUCUCUCCGCUGUAGCAGCUUGCAAUUUGGUACACGACGGAGGGAGUAAUAAAUGCGGCUGCACUGUAAUGUAUAAACUACCUAGAGAGAUUCCGCCGUUACUUGGGGCAAGAGUUCUUUGUGCAUGCAUUGCAGGCAAAAAAAAGAAGUCCGUAUACACUAAUAUAACCUCUCAAGCGAAACAACCUGAAGGAAUUUCAUUCAAAUUAACAACUCUGAGAUUUGCAGUGUGUCGGCUAUGUUCGAAUCAAGAGCUUAACUCAGCUAGAAAUGGCAUAACGAAAGGGAAUUCGGGCUACAGCGGUUUCUGCGGAUGAACCAACACAGUCUUAGGAUAUCUGACAUUCAGUUCCACUUUAUUUAAACAUUAAUAAUCAGAAUUUAACACUGGGUCAAUUAUGAUAUUUGCUUGUGUGUUUUUUUCCCAGGUGUUCACAUAUCAAGUAACAUUUCAAUUAAUGUCGCCAAAAUUUUGCAGGGCUUUGCAGAAGGUUAUAAUAAGCAUGGGCGCGUAUAGUGCAACAUUUUUGUUAUUGAACUUUAAUUACUUUUUACUCACUGUUGUUUUCAUGACUUGGGUUAUACUCUGUCUAAUAAUAACCUUUAGAUUUUUUUUCUCUCCUUUUAAUGCAUCCGUUAUAUGAACAGAAUCUUUCAUUGACGGAUAGUCUCAUGAUGCAUCCAGACACACAACAACAACAACGAAAACUUGUGUGCUGUUAAAGGGGAUAAUUUUGGCGUAACCUCAUGCUUGAUUAAAGUGCAUGCCGGAAAAGAGGAGCACAUGUAUGGGAGUGUAGUAGGAAAGGCCUGGACAUAUUUGAAGAUCACAGUUGAUAAUACAGUCACUUUUCAGCUUUGCAUAAUUCUAGGUUACAUUUAUAAAUAACCAUAAUUUUGGCUACAUAUAAUGAAGUGUUACUUACAAAAAAACAUUAGCAAGGUUUGACCUAAUUAACCUGAUAUAUUUUGAUUUAUACAUAUGAAAAAAAAUCACAAUUCAAAGAUUGGAUUCCAUAUUUUGAAACCUAAAUUAAUGACUUCAAACUAAUAUGUUAUAACCAACAGACAUGGUCAAAAGUUGAAUGUCCACAAAAAAUGAUUAUUCACACAUUUAUUUACAAUGACCCUAUUCUACAGUAACCUGUACUAGUAUCAGUUUAUUUUAACAAAACUUGUACAGUUACUGCUUGAAGAAAAAAUAUGGAUUAACACGAACCAUCAAAACAGAAGUGUUAUGUACAAAUAUUACUAUACUUAAUUUAAGAGCUUGUUAAAGGUGCUUAAUAUGCUAUAGGUUCUAACUGCAUUGGCCCAUAGUAGGCCUAUCAAGUUAUUUAAGAUUACACUAAGCUUAUCUGCUUUUGUUGAAAUGAUAAUUUGCUGAAUUAGCAAAAUCACAUAAAAAGGAAAAAUGUAACAGAGGUGGAAACUGUGAAUUGUCAAAGCUACUGUGGGUAGCUGAAUUGUUUACAUCGAAAAUGUCAGUGCAAAUUUUUUAUUUUAUUAUUUUAUUGUUGUUCUUUUUCAAAAAUCUUCGUGGCAUUUGACCAACUGAAAAAAAAAGGCUUCAGAUUUAAAGGCUGUUACAGUUUUAAUUAUUUUGCACUUUUUGUAUUAUUUCGGUGCUUUUCAAUGUAGGAGUUACGUGGUUUUAGUGGUUACUGCAUCUCACUGAUGCAGGUUUUUUGAUAGCAUUUACACGGAACAAUGUGGAGCGACAAGGUGUAGAGGCGACCGAUUGUCGCUCUGUGUGACUGGAAGCCAUUUUACUGAAGGCCUGAAAAUGUUAGAUUCAUUUUUGAAUCUUACCAAUUUGGUUUCUCAUAAAAUGCUAAAAAAUAACCCACACAAGGAAAUCAAUAUAGACCAAUUCAAAUUAUGGAAUUGUACUAAAAUUGUAUGUUAGGUUCUAUAAUUAAGCAUCUUUAACUUUUGAAAACUUUAUUCAUUUAUGAUUCUGAAAUCAGGUUUAUGUGUAAUCCCACACUAGCAUUGCUGUGUUCACCCAUUCGCCCCUGCUGGUCAGGUGUGCCAAUACAGUAUAUCAAGUGUUGUCAAAUUGUUUGGCAGACUUAAAGUAGCCUUAUGUUAUAAAUGUACAUUAUUUUGGAGAAAAAAAAAGAUCUUUGAAAAAAAUGAUGAUUUGUUAUAAUAUUUUUUUUUAAACAAUGAACACAUUCUUCUGUGGAUGAGUUCUCAUGUAAUAUGUUUGUUUAAAAAAAAGUGAGAUUGGUAGACAAAGCAUCUUUGGUUAUGCCAGUUGAAGACGACUUCACAGACAAAGUAUAUUAAAAGGAUCAAUGUACAUUAUCCUUCAUUUUAUCGACUCACAAAAUCACCCACAGAAGCCGCAAAAUGCGCAAUAUUGUGUUAAUGUAAAAAUGUCACUGAAUGAAGUCAGUACCUUCUAAUUUAAUUGUUUUUUUGUUUUAUUUUAUAUGUUGUUAUUUAUUUUUUUAUUUUUUAUUUUUUUAAAGUUCUCCAGAGCCUUGAAAUAGCAUUCUGAAAUACGUGUCUUGAACAUGUCAAUUCUUGUCAAGCUUAUUAUUUUUGAAUAAAAUAACAAACAUCCAAACUUGACAAUAA